AUGGCAGAGAUGCUAGGUGGAUUUCAGAACAUUCCUACUCCUGCUCUGAUCAAUGUCUACGAUCAGUGGGCCAAAGGCGGUUGGGGUGCCGUCCUAACAGGGAACGUCCAAGUCGAUGUAAACCACCUCGGGUCACCCUUCGAUCCCGCCCUAUCAGGGGAAUACAUUGACGCCGAAACCAACAAAGACUUGUUCGAGCAGUACCGCAAGUAUGCCGAAGUCUCGCAGGCCCAUGGCACUCCCGCUAUUGUACAGCUUUCCCACCCCGGUCGUCAAUCCCCGCGCGGCGCAGGGCGCAAGGGGCUUUUGGGGUCCACGAUGGCGCCUAGUGCUAUUCCAUUGGAUAUGGGUGCUGGUUUUGUGCAGCGCUGGCUAAGCUGGCUUGUGUUCCCCCCGCCGAGAGAGAUGACGCAGGGGGAUAUCGAAACCGUCACCAGGCAGUUUGUCGAUGCGGCGAGGCUGAUGGCUGAUGCCGGGUUUUCGGGGAUCGAGUUGCAUGGGGCGCAUGGUUAUCUGAUCGAUGCCUACGGCGGCAGCGCCGCAAACAGGGCCAGAUUCGUUCUCGACAUCAUUGCGCAAACCCGCGCCGUCGUCCCGUCCACCUUCUGCAUUGGCAUCAAAUUCAACUCAGCCGACCACAACUCCUCCAGCUUUGAAGACACCAUGACCCAAAUCGGCCUCCUAGUCGAUGCAGGCAUUGACUUCAUCGAGAUCAGUGGCGGAAGCUAUGAAGAUCCCAAGCAAGCAGAAAAAUCCGCCCGGACCGUCGCCAGAGAAGCCUUCUUCCUUGAAUUCGCCGCCGCCGUGCGCGAGCGCUACCCAACCCUUAUUCUAAUGCUAACCGGGGGGUUCCGCUCUCGUGCCGGCGCAGACUACGCCCUUUCCCAGAACGCGUGCGACCUUGUCGGCAUUGGGCGUCCUGCGGCAAUUGACCCGCAUUUUCCAAAGUUGCUGCUCGAUGAGAGCGUGCAGGAAAGUGAGGCGCAGUUGCAUUUGAAUAGGAUCCCUGUGCCGUUCUGGGCGAAGUGGAUUCCGCUUGCUGCUAUAGGGGCUGGAGCGGAGAGCAUUCAACGGAUUGCCAAAGGAAUGAAGACUAUUGUACCGUUAUAG